GCAUCCCGUGGUUUGUUUGUUGAGUGAUUCCGUUGGUUUGAGAAUGGUGGACUUCCUAAAUAUUAAUUUACCAUUUGGUCUCCUCCCACUCUAUAUCAUCCCAUCUCUACGCCGUGUCUGCAACAUACCUGUCGUGGGCUUGGUUACAUAGGCCUACACACAGCUACAUCGAGCUCUGUAAACGUAUUUAGGAAGCUCCGUGGUUGUGGGGGAGCGCAGCUCUAGCUCUAUAUGCGGUGCAAUUUCAGCAGUCAACUUCAAAUUUAAAAAUUGGGUUUUAACUGUUACUGUCCUGGCGUCGGACCUUUUCGAGAUUUUUUUUAGCCCCUUGCCGGUGAAGAGGGUUUUGUCUAGGAGGGAUACAGCUUUUGUAAAAAUGUACUUUUCAUAGCAUUUAGGAGAAGGGUUAGGUUUAGCUAAAAUGCACAAAAAAGUACUUUGACGUCAAUUUGACAAAAGCUGUAAUCCAUCUAGACAUGACCGGAGAAGAGGCGAGAGGGAGGGGGCAAGAGUGUGUAAUGACGGAUAAAGAGCAUGAAGGAGGCGACGGGAGAACGGGAAGAAGAACAUCCGACAAAGAUCAGAGCUGGAUCCCCAACAUCAUCAGGAAGAGAGUAUGCACCACAUUCGUAGAGGACUCUUUAAGCAAUGGGGCAUUGUGUCAGUGUGGGGGCAUGCGGGAGACUCACGGCUCCAACGCUACGGGAGACUAUUUCGGAGCCGCCAUCGUCAGCCAGUGGGACAGCUCCCAGCACUCCUCAGAGUACCCCACCGACGCCUUCGGAGAGCUGGAAUUCACAGGGGCUGGCAGGAGACACAGCCAUUUCUUGCGUCUGUCAUGCGACACCCCACCUCAGAUCGUGUACAGUCUGAUGACGGCCCACUGGGGGGUGCCCUCCCCCAACCUGGUGGUUUCUGUUGUGGGGGGUGGGGGGUGCGAGAAGGUCAAGACCUGGGUCAGGGAGGUGCUGAGACAGGGGCUGGUCAAGGCGGCACAGAGAACCGGGGCGUGGAUAGUGACGGGGGGGCUGAGGGAGGGGGUGGGUCGUUGUGUUGGGGAGGCAGUGCGAGAUCAUGCAGCAGCGGCUUCCUCCCUCUCCCAGAAGAAAGUCAUUGCUGUGGGCGUGGCCCCCUGGGGGCUGGUGCACAACAGAGAGCAGCUAGUUAACACACAGGGUAGUUUCCCUGCGCGGUAUUAUGUCCAGAACGCAUCCCGUGACUCGUGCUGCCUGGAUAAUAACUACCAGGCCUUCCUGCUGGUGGAUGAUGGGAGUGUAGGCCGGCGGGGAGGGGAAACGGCCUUCAGGUCCAAGAUGGAAGACUACAUCUCCCACCAGCGCACCGGCAUCUGGGGUAGUGGCAGUAUAGAGAUUCCUGUGCUGUGUAUGCUCAUCUCAGGGGAAGCUGCCAUGCUGAAGAGGGUGGAUCUCUCUCUGAGGAAGGCUACUCCCUGGCUGGUGUUGAAUGGUUCUGGUCCAGCGGCAGACCUUAUCUGUGAGCUGCUGGAUGCCUUGUCAGCUGUGCCCAUGAGCUGCACCUCUCCCCCGCCAGAGGGUGAGGGGAGCGAGAGCCCCAGCGCGGAGCUGCGCGAAAGGACCCGUGAGAGGGUCAAGAGGCACUUCCCUGCCGAGGCAGACCGGGAGAAGCUUGUGGACAGGGCUCUGAGUAUCUAUCAGAACAGAGAUCUGAUCACAGUGUUCCACGGGGAGCAGGACAGUCCUGAUGAUUUUGACACUGUGCUACUGAAGGCUCUGGUCAGAGCCAGUAAACGUGUGUCCAGUGACGCCAGUGAGUACACAGAGGAGCUGAAGCUUGCAGUAGCCUGGAACAGGGUGGACAUCGCUAACAGUGAACUCUUCAACGGAGACAUCCAAUGGAGGUACGAGGACCUGGAGGACUCCAUGACGGACGCACUGAUCAACAACAAGCCCCAGUUUGUACGUCUCUUCAACGAGAACGGCCUCAACAUCCUGGACUACCUGACCUACCAGCGUCUGGAGGGCCUGUACCGCUCGCUGUCCAGCAGCUCUCUGGCCUACACGCUUCUCCAGCGACGCCUCACAGAGAGGCAGAGCCUGGCCAAAUCCGUGCCCACUGUCCCCUGCUCUCCGGACGAGCCUACACCCCUCAAGAGGCCCCAGAGCCCUAUGAGCCCCAUAUCAGGACCCUCCUCUGCCAAAGAGCUCAGCUUGUAUGAGGUGUCGCGGCUACUAUGGGACAUCCUGGGAGAUGUGUGUCAACCCUUCUACUACAGUCCUCUGGGUUUGGACCAGAGCACCAGCACCUGGAAAGCACUGAAGCAAGUGAAUAAGUUGUUACUGGGGGAUUGUCCGUAUAGAGAGCAGCGCUGUGUCUAUCCCUGGGCCUCUCUGUUUAUCUGGGCUCUGCUGCAGAACCGCAGUGAGAUGGCUGUCUACUUCUGGGAGAUGGCAGGGGAGUCUGUCCUCAGUGCUCUGGCAGGCUGUAAGAUUCUGAGGGAGCUGUCUAAGCUUGAGAGUGAGACGGCGGCCAAGCUCUCUAUGAAGGAGCUAGCACAGAAGUUUGAGAACUUGGCCAAUGAUGUGUUCAGUGAAUGCUAUCAGAGCAGUGAGAGUCGCUCUUUCAACCUCCUUAUAAGGCAGUCUCUAGUGUGGGGCGAAGCUACCUGUCUGGAGAUGGCCACCGCAGCCGAUGCCCGCCUCUUCUUCAGUCACGAUGGCUUGCAGUCUCUGCUGUCUCAGAUCUGGUGGGGAGACAUGGAGAGGAGCACGGAAGUCUGGAAACUGAUCCUCACCUUCUUCUUACCCCCCCUCAUCUACACCAACCUCAUCAGCUUCAGGGAUCCUGAGGAAGAGGGGAAGACUGAGCAGGUGCCCCAUGGUCAAGACACAGACAGUCUGGACGGAGGCGAUGCCACCAUGUUCUCCCUCACCGACAUCAUGGAUGAGGAUGCUGAGGAAAAUGCUGCUAUAAGGGUCAAUCUGAAAGGUGCCCCCUCCUCCAAUCCUAAGAGGCCCUUUAUACUGCUACGCUGGAGGGAGUUCUGGUUUGCGCCCGUCACAGCGUUUCUAGGCAACGUGCUGAUGUACUUCCUGUUCCUCAGCCUGUUUGCUUACGUUCUAUUGUUGGACUUCAAGCCCCCGCCCCCUCACGGCCCGUCCACCUUAGAGUUUGUUCUCUACUUCUGGGUCUUCACCCUGGUCUGUGAGGAGUUUCGACAGACGUUCUUCAGGGGCAGCACUACUUUAUAUCAGAGGAUGAAGCUCUACAUCCAGGACAUGUGGAAUAAGUGUGACAUCACAGCCAUCUCACUCUUUGCACUGGGCAUGUGCUGCAGAAUGUUCCCAUGGUCCUAUGAGUUUGGCCGGGCUGUGAUGGCUGUGGACUACAUGGUGUUUACCCUCCGUCUCAUCCACAUAUUCGCCAUCCACAAACAGCUGGGACCCAAGAUCAUCAUCGUUGAAAAAAUGAUGAAGGACGUCUUCUUCUUCCUCUUCUUCCUGGCAGUGUGGCUCAUGGCCUAUGGCGUAGCCAAUCAGGCGCUGCUCUACUCCUACGAUCCUCGUCCCGGUUGGAUCUUCCGCCGAGUGUUCUACAGGCCAUACCUGCACAUAUUUGGACAUAUCCCCAUUCAUGAAAUGGAUGCUGAUAAACUGGAGGAGGGGAUAGAGUGCACCAAUAACGUCACCCUGAUCCAGGCAGGGGCAGAGCCCUGCACGAGUACCUAUGCUAACUGGCUGGUGGUCAUCUUAUUGGUCAUCUUCCUGCUGGUCACCAACAUCCUGCUGGUCAACCUGCUCAUUGCCAUGUUCAGUUACACAUUCUCCAAAGUGCAGGAGCACAGCGACACCCACUGGAAGUUCCAGCGCUACAACUUGAUCGCAGAGUACCACUCUAGACCCUGUCUGGCUCCACCCUUCAUCAUCCUCUCCCACCUCCACCUCUUCAUCAAGAGACACAUCCGCAGGAUCCCCUCUGUCAAGAUCAAACACUUUGUUCUGGAUAUCCGUGGCAGGCAGGCCAGUAGACUGAACACAUGGGAGGCCAUCCAGAAGGAGAAUAUACUGUCUGCCCAGAACAAACGAGAGCGAGAGAAAGACUCCGAGAGACUCAAACGCACCUCUGUCAAGGUGGACAGUGUCCUAAAGCAGAUGGCAGAGAUCCGGGACCAUGGCCACAGGCUCAGAAUGCUGGAGACAGAGGUGGAGUACUGUUCUAGUGCCCUCUCCUGGAUGGUGCAGGCUCUCUCUCAGAGUAACUUGAUAAAGCCCACACGUCCUCCACCUGCUCUCCGAGAUCUAACUCUCCAACUAGCUGAUCCAAGUCUGAUGGAGAAUAAUGAAAUCUAGACACACGUGUACACACACACAAUCACUGUCACUCAGAGCAAAAGAAUGUCUGACUCGGUGCUCAUUCGUCCAUCGUCCUUUUAUAAACUUUGAUCAUUUGAACUGCUGCCAUUUUGUAAGUGGAUCAUUGUUGCUCUUCUAUGUUACACUUAAUGUUCCUAUGUUGUUCUAGAAAUCUUUUUCCUGUGGGUUCUAUGGGCGUCUGUUAUUAAUGUAAUAUGUACAGACAUUUGUAAAAGUGCCAUUCAAAUGUCUCUACCCCCAUAAUGACAUGACCAGGUACAAACACAUUCAACCUGACACGAUCACAAGAACAUACAUUGUUUGUAUGUUGAUUUUUGGUUUUGCACUCAGACUGUCAGCAAGGGCUAUAUUCAAUCAGUUCUGCCUUAAUGCACGGUAACCGACAACUCUAUAGCAGUUUCAUUGUUUUUAUUUAGGUGAUGUCAGAGUUGUAAUUGUGUUGGAGCUGUCAAAUCAGAAUACUGCUCCCUGCUUUAUAUGAUCAGUACACUGACUGUGCACGUGCGCAUGUUGAUUUUGUCAAUCCCCACCAGACACGAUCAGGACAAAAUACCAAAAUCAACUGUGAAUAAAUUAUAUUAAUUUCGGGGCAGGUGGAAACACACCUGAAACUAGCAGGUUAGCCGCUAGUGGGCUUUAUUUUCACUAUCGUCUGGGCUUGAUGUGCAAAGCUGGUAAUACACACGUGUCCCCCGGCAACCGGUUCCAACAUAAAUCAUUCUCCCUUACCUAGAUUUAAUGGCGAGAAGGCAACAAACAACUUGGAAAAUGUGCGCACCUGCUUUAUAAAACACCAUUUCCACCAUUCUAGGAAUGCUAUUUCCUGAUGUUGCACCCAGUGUUCAGCCAGGGGUAAACAAAAGACUACUGCUACCUGAUUGGCUGAACGCGAUGUGAAAUUUCACUUCCUUAUGCUAUAAAAUAUAUUUUACCAAAACAAAUAUGAUUCUUCAUGUUCUGAAUUGUUCAAUGGGGUCUUUCUCUAACAUAUCAUUAACAUUAUCCAAAAAGUCAGAUUUCAUAAUGUAAUACAUCCGAUAAUAAGCACUGAGCUCUGUUGACGGGGCGGUGCCGUUUUCUCACAGCGGAUUUUACAUGUGGUGGUGGUGGUCAUCUAAAAUGGUGUUUCCGCGAGUUGCUAAAUUAGCAUGCCACAAACUGAAUUAAAUCUAAAAAGCUUUGAAAAUAGAAAGCUUGUGGUACGCUCAGUGAUAUGCUUGUUUUUUAGAGGAAUGUUGCAUUAAUAUGAAAAGCAUAUACUAAAAGUAUGAAAAUAUUACGUGGUCUCAAAAUCGAUUUCUUUCUUACCUCUUUAUAGAGCCCACCAACUUGUAGUCCUAAAAUCCAGAAAUUGAUUACUUGUGGUUCCUUCAGCCAUUCCUAUCGGUAAAAUGAAGGGGGAAAGAAAAGGGUUUUGGGAUAAACGCAGAAAAUAAGGUCUGAGGUUAACACAGGCUUAGGAGAGCUUAUAUGUUUUCUGUGAGAUAAUAUCAGUCUGCUAACAUGAACUUUGAAUUUUGAAGUCUUUAUGUGAUAUUAUUUAUGACAUAUUCUUAAAACGAGAUGUCCGCUGAUGAAGAUUAUCUCAUAGAACAAAACAUAUAAGAUUUCCUAAAGUUAUGUUUACCACAGACCUUAUUUUCAGCGUUUAUCUAAAACCCUACAACAGCUCUUUCUCCAUAGGCUUUGCCCAAAAAAAUAGGUGGCAUUUUUGCCACCUCCCCAGGUCUUAUUCGUCAACUUUUAAGAGAAAUAUAAGCCAUAAAAUAAUUACUUAAAACCUUUUUUUCAUUAUUUUAUAGUCCUAGUUAAAAUAUCUCAUCAAUGUUUUUGUUUUUUUCAUGAUUAUUGUAUUUAUUGUUAUUGUUGUUAUUGUAUUUAACAUUUUCUGUGUGUCCCUGAUAUCAUUUUCCACCCUGUUAGUUUAUAGUAAUUUUCCUUUAAGAAAACAGCCCCUUACCACAGUGACAUGUUCAGGAAGUGUCAUCAUUGUCUUUGUGGUAAAACAAUGGUGCAAAGCUAAAUAAAUAUAAACACUCUGUUUUA